GUGCUAUAAAGUUGCAACAUGUCACAUAAACAGUAAGUGAGCUUGAAGAUAUACCUAUACUGAUUACAGAAGCCAGAAUUAGAAAUUAGGAAAGUACAUAACCAAAACAUUCAGCCACGGUGGAUAGGGAAAUAAGACAUAUUUCACAGUAGCAAAACAAGAUAUUAGAAUAGUACAUGUACAUAACCAAAUUAUCGUACUACAUGGAAUUCCACUGUGAAGAGAGAAAGAAGACAAUAUGUUGUUUACAGAAAACAUAUUAAACAGGAUUAACACAUGUAUGUGACACAUUUAUGUGACGACUAUCAUUUACCUUCUUAGUAAAAGCUGAACCUGCAUUCUGGUCAACUGACAUGGUUUUUGGCAUUAUAAAAUUAUUCAAACUAUUUUGUUUAUUUUUCAUUGUAGUGAAUUUCUAUUGUAUAAUUAAGCUAUUCAAGGGAGACUAUGCUAUGCCACCAUACACAGAGAACACCCGGCUCUAUCAAUUUACUACUAUGAAUGAUAUAACAACAGUAUCAAAUGAUGAUUACUUUCACAGGAUAUCAAAUGAUGUCAGGGUAUUCAGUGGUCCAACUAUCGUAUCACAAAAUGCUGAAUAUCAAUACAAGGAACAAACAACAACAACACAUCUCUUAAAUAAAGCAAUGGUAUUGAAGAAAUUGAUGGAAUCCAGUAUAGUGACAAUUUCAAAGAAAGACAGAGUUCUAAACAGAGCAAAUGGCACCUUGAAUGUGUUGACAAAGGAAGACAUUAAAGAUUUCAAUAUUUGGCCAGAUUGUGACAAGCCCAAUGAUGACAGAAUACUCGAACAAAUGAGCUUAACAUAUCACCUGUCAAACAAACUGGGCAAUGCAGCUCCUAAAACCAUAAAUCUAUACUCUGGUUUUGCUGAAGACCCUAAUGUAAUUGCAGAUGAUGGAACGACAUAUUUCAAAGAUUGCCCAUUAUCCUGUAAGGUUGAGUGGAACAGACAGAGCAGCCAUCUUGAAGCUGCUGAUGCUAUUAUGUUAAUGACAUCUACCGGGAAACUCGUUCUUCCAUCUCAUAAUAGAUCUCCUGACCAAAUAUGGGUAUUUUAUAAUCUUGAGCCGGCUUGGGUUGCCAACCAGUUAAAACAUAGACUUUCAGGACCUAUUAUUAAUUGGACGAUGACUUACUACCAGCAUUCUACAAUUUCUAUACCAUACGGAAAAUACAUUAAGUUUUCCGACAGUGAAAAAUAUCCAUUUUUAAAAUCACAAAUCCAAGAACACAAACAACGUGAUAUGUACAAAGUGAAUGAUGAGAGGAUGACCAAGGAUCGACAAGCUGCAGUAUUUAUGUCAAAUUGUUUCUCAAGAAACAACAGGUUAGGAUACAUCCAUGACCUUCAACGAUACAUCAAUGUAGAUGUCUAUGGCCAAUGUGGGGACCUGUCAUGUUCUAAACUAAGGGAAAACGAAUGCUCAGAGCUGCUAGAGAAACAUUACAAAUUCUACCUAGCAUUUGAGAACAGCAACUGCCAGCAGUAUAUAACUGAAAAGUUCUUUGAAAAUGCUCUCAGAAAUCAUGUAAUUCCAGUCGUAAUGGGGGGACGCAGAGAUAACUAUGUGCAGAUGGCGCCACCAAACUCAUUCAUCCAUGUCAAAGAUUUUAAAAAUCCUGAAAGUCUUGCUAAAUACCUCAUCAAAAUUGACAAAAAUAACGAACUUUUUGAGAGUUAUUUUGACUGGCACCAACAAGGAAUGAUGAUUAACACAUUAAGUUGGUGUAGGUUAUGUACAAUGUUACAUAUAAAACAAUAUUAUCCCCCACGUCACUAUGAAAGCAUUGAUAAAUGGUGGAGAUUUGGGGGCUACUGUGAAAAAGGUAUGUUUGCAAGAAAUGAACUAUUAAAAAGAAUUAAAAAUGUUACCUAUCUAAAGAAUGAAUGAGAGUAGCUAGUACAGAUCAUGUUAUUCUGUUAACUUGUAAUAAAUUUUGAAUAUGUCAUUUUCAAAUUGUGAAUGUGCCUUAUCAUCACAUUGUGUUGAGAAUGGUGAUUGAACAUUAAAAACGC